ACGUUUUUUCGCUGACCCUGCGCCCUAGGGUUCGCGCCCCACAGUUUGUGAACCACUGCACUAGAGAAGAUAACUAGUUUAGUCGCUAAACAUGAGCUAAGCCGACUACAGUACACCCGUCACCGGAGUUUAACGCUACUCUAACCUACUCAAGAGAUUAAAGUUUACACAAGCCUGUGCCCCUAAAGUGUACGCGGCUGCAAAAAAAAUACUAGUUGGGGAUGCAAGCGCGUUUGUAUCCUAAAGAAGGAUUUCACGGUUCGAACAUCGCAUAACUUAACAUAAUACAUUUAUCGGGAUAUUUUAGCAUCAAGAUGGCAGUAGACGGGCACGGGUCAACAAUAAAAAGUCGGAUAAAGAACAUGUUGCGGAAGAAUCGGAAGGAAAACCUUGCCGACAAGGUGACUUUGGAGAGGGUCCUGGGAAUCACAGCCUCUGGCAACAGUGGUCUGGCCUGUAACCCCCACUCUGGUCUUGUGGCCUAUCCUGCUGGCUGUGUGGUGGUUCUGCUGAACCCCAAGAAGAACAGACAGCACCACAUCCUGAAUACAUCCAGGAAAACUAUCACAGCUCUGUCCUUCUCUUCAGAUGGCAAAUACUUGGUCACAGGAGAGUCGGGUCACCUGCCUGCGGUGCGUGUGUGGGAGGUGUGUGAGUUUCGGCAGGUGGCGGAGCUGCAGGAACAUAAGUAUGGCGUAUCCUGUGUGGCCUUCUCUCCCAACAGCAAAUACAUUGUCAGCGUGGGUUACCAGCACGACAUGAUGGUCCACGUCUGGGCAUGGAAGAAGAACACAAUAAUUGCUGCUAACAAGGUGUCCAGUAAGGUGACGGCAGUGUCCUUCUCUGAGGAUAGCUCCUACUUUGUGACAGCAGGGAACAGACACGUCAAGUUCUGGUACCUGGACCACUCCAAAUCUAUCGAGGCCAGUGCUCCAGUCCCUCUGCUGGGGCGCUCUGGGCUCCUGGGGGAGCUGAGGAACAACUUCUUUUGCGACGUGGCAUGUGGGCGGGGCUCUAAGGCCGAAAGCACCUUCUGUAUCACCACCUCCGGCCUGCUCUGUGAGUUCAACCCCAAAAGGAUGCUGGACAAGUGGGUGGACUUACGGACCAGUGUGGCCAGGGCUCUGUGUGUGUCAGAGGAGCUGAUCUUCUGUGGCUGUGCUGAUGGGAUGGUGCGAGCCUUCAGCCCUGCUGACCUGGGGUUCAUCUGUACCCUGCCAAGACCACACCACCUUGGCACUGACGUGUCCAGCAUCACACAGGCCAGCCACCUGUUCUCCAACAAGAUGUCUGCCCGCUACCCUGACUCUGUGGCGGUGACCUAUGACCCGGCCAGUCAUUGGUUGAGCUGUGUGUAUAACGACCACAGCCUGUAUGUGUGGGAUGUCAGGGACCUCCACAGGGUAGGCAAGGUGCAUUCUGCCCUCUACCAUGCCGCCUGUGUCUGGGACCUACAGAUGGUCCCGGAGGUCCCAGAGUCUGGCCGGUCUUCGGGAGAGUUCCUCAGCUGUUCAGCAGACAACACUAUCCGACUGUGGAGUACAGAGAGGCAGGGACACACACGUCCACAGAAUGUUCUCAGUAAGGACUUGUUGAAGGUGAUCUAUAUGGAUGAAAACACCGCCGCCCUGGUGGAAACGGAGGGAAGUGUGUCUGUUAGCACAGAGAAGACGGACGGACAGACGGCAGAGGCCAGGACAGGCAUUAGGACCAUCUGUGUCAGCCCCGAUGGGAAACACCUGGCGUCUGGAGACCGCAACGGGAUGCUGAGGGUUCAUGACCUCAGCAGUAUGACAGAGAUUCAGAAGGUGGAGGCCCAUGACUCAGAGAUCCUGUGUCUGGAAUACUCUAAACCAGAGACGGGUCUGAAGCUGUUAGCCACCGCUAGCCGCGACCGUCUGAUCCACGUCCUGGAUGCUGAGAAAGACUACGGCCUAGUCCAGACCCUGGACGAACACUCUUCAUCCAUCACCGCUGUCCGAUUCGCUGCCAAUGACAACAAGGUGAGGAUGAUCAGCUGUGGAGCAGACAAGAGCAUCUACUUCCGUACGGCUCACAGGACAGACGGAGGUACAGAGUUCAGGCGCUCUCACCACGUGGUGAGAAAGACCACUCUGUAUGACAUGGAUGUAGAGCCCAGCUGUAAGUACGCUGCCGUGGGCUGCCAGGACCGAUGCAUCAGGAUCUUCAACAUCAGCAAUGGGAAGCAGAAGACUUUCUACAAGGGUUCACAGACUGAGGAUGGCAGCCUGCUUAAGGUGCAGACUGAUCCGUCUGGUCAGUACGUUGCCACCAGCUGCUCUGAUAAGAACAUCAGCAUCUUUGACUUCCGCUCUGGAGUGUGUGUGGCCACCAUGUUUGGACACUCUGAGAUAGUGACUGGGAUCAAGUUCACCAACGACUGUAAACAUCUGAUCUCUGUGUCUGGGGACAGCUGUAUCUUCGUGUGGCGUCUGGCUCCAGAGCUCACCAUGAGUAUGAGAGAACGCCUUUCCCAACUAAGACGAACCCCCCUCACACCCCCCUGCAACACAUCCACACUCAGACUAAGCCCCGCUCCCUGUCACUCAAGGAGCCACCGCAGGCGUGAGGUGUACAGUGCACCGGCUCUUGGUCUGAUGUCAUCAGAGAGUGACCGUGAGGUGGAGGAUCCAGAGGAGAGGGACGAUCCCUGUGACCUGGAACAGAUCACAGUAAACAGUAACACCUCCUCAGGGAGUAUCCAUGAUGACGACGCAGGUGCCUCGGAUGAAGGACAGGACUGGGAAUCAAAGAAGGCCCUAGACAGCCCUCUGGCCCCUGAGCCCUCCAGUCGGCCCCGGCGUCGCUGGUCCUGUCGUAUGGGUUCUCUGGAACUCAUGGUCAAGUCUAUGCUGGACCUGAGACAGCUAGAGGCCUUCUCCAUCACCGGCUCCUCUCACAAGAAAGGCCCGGCCUCCCGGCUCAAAGCGAGCGACGCAGGGAGCACCUCCAGCCUGCAAGGGGCCUCGGACUUGGAGAAGCGGGUUAAGAGACGUCACUAUGCUGCCUGGCUGACUCCCAAUUCUGACCUGGGCGCCCAGGGGUCUGAUGGACGUGUGCUGUACCCCGAGGGUAGCGAUUACCCUGCCAGACGACGGGGCAGUGAUUACCUGGUGAAGGAGUCUCCCCGCAGCCUGAGUAGGGGGAACCGUGGGCCGGAGAGCCAGGACAGCCAGAGCCCAGACAGUGCCUGUUCUGUGGGCUAUGGGAGUAGAGGGCUUACUCCUGACCCGGAUCAUGGAGACUCUGAGGGCACAGCAGAGCCUCUAAGCUCAGACGAGGACAGUUCUGACCUGGAGGAUGAUGAGGAGGAAGAGGAUGAGGAGGAGGAGGAGGAAGAGGAUGAUGAGGAGGAGAGGAAGAUGGAAGUGUCUAGUAUGGAUGAGGCGAUGAGGAAAGUCUCUGACCCUCUAGAAGACGGUCACCAUCAGGCCUUCCUCAGACACCACUUUGAAACACUGGCUGAGCCCAGCAAUAUGGAAGAGCGCAGCACAGCUCCCAGCGUCAGUAUGUCAGCGCGAUUCCUGGCCAGAGGCUCCUACAACAGGAGAACCCCUCUGUUUUCCAAGGCCCAUGAGAGGGAGCAGGGGCCCUUGGUGUCCAAGGUGAGACCACUGAUGGAGGGGGGCCAGGGGAAGGGCCACGAAGACCGGGAGAGGCCCAUGACCCCUGCGAGAGGGCAGGAGGGGACAAAACUGGAGAUGUGUGCUCCAGAAAGGGGCACUGUGCUACGUUCACACCCCCAGAAGAAGAGGCCUCUUGGGGCUCAUCUGUGGAGGAUGUCAAGCCCCCUGGCCAGAGCUCCAGCCCUGCUGGACAGAGCAGCUGGACUACAGAAGACCCAGUCUGUACAGAACCUGGCCACAGAGGUCCCCCGCUCCCUAAACCCCUCCAGUGGUAGAGGAGAGAUGUGCCCUCGCCCCCAGCACCUCCCCCUCGAUAUACACCCUUCCAAAGCCCACUCCUGCCUCCCUUCUCCCUCCUCUACCUCCCCUCCCCCCUCUCUUGUCUCCUGCCUGCCCUCAGAAAUCCCCAAGCUCAGAUCCCCCUGCGACUACAUGAGUCCCACCACCAGCUCCAUGGCCAAGACCAGCCACUCUGCAUCCCUGGUAGAGGGCUUCCAUCUGGGCUUACUGUCCUGCCAUGCUACCCUAACAACACAAUGCCUGGAGGAUGGUAGUGGAGGGAGUAGAAACACACCUAACAGCCCCAAGAGCAGGAAGCCUUUUUGUGGGCUACUGGAGGCUGAACCACCCCGCUUCACUUCCUCCUCUCCUGGUUUCCCCUCUUCCCACUCUCUCUGUUCCCGCUCCUCUUCUCUCCCUUCCCCUUCUCCCUGUCCUCUCCCUGGUCCCUCCCCUUCUCCUCCAUGUGCAACAGUCUCACCCAAUCCCAGCUUGUCCCUGAGCAUCCAGCCCUCCCGCAUUCCCCUGCCCAGCAAACAGCCACUCAGCCCUCGGUGCAGCCUCUGCCCGGAGACCAAACCGCAACCUGAUUGGACUGUUUCCCCGACGAGAGACCUUGCCCUCGGGAAACAACACCAAACCUUCGGUAAACGCCUCUCCCUGACUACGGCCCAGAUGCAAGGGCUUCGGGGUAACGUCCAGCUGGUGUCCGUCUCACCUACCUCACUUCCUAUAAAGCACUCGGAGAGUGCUCCAGAUUUGGAGGAGGCGGUGUGUAGAGCGCCCCUUCUAGUGUCGGUCCAGGCCAACACCUUGACUUUCGACCCCCAGCCAGGUCUGAAUCGACGCAGACGCUCCUCUAUCAUCCUCACCGCCACUCUUCCUCUCCGUCACUCCAUCUCUCUACCUCCGCUUCACCCUUCUCUUCAUCAUAAGUGUCUGUGUGCUUUCUGGCCUGUUUGUCCAUCUGUUACUGUCCCUUCCUACUGUCAACACUGCUGCAUGAACGAUCCCCCUGUCACUGUGGAAAUCUGUAGACGGGCUGUAGCAGAGCUGCACAACAGUGUGAGGAGAGCCACCCAGCUCUAUACCACGGUGCUGAGCAGUGGGUUAGAGGUCAAUGCAGAGCAGCAGGAGAUGGAGACGGUUCUGGUUGAGGCUCUGGGAACAGUAAAGACUGAACUAGACUCCCUACCUCACCUUGUACAUAGAAGUAAAGGGCUCAGGGGGGAGGUAGCAAUGAGAGGGGAGGUAGGGGUCAAAGGUGAGGGGGACAGGACAUUGGCUCUCCUGCAGCAGUAUUCUGAGCUCUUACUAAAGUCAGUGGAGAAGAGACUGGACAACAAGAUCUAAAAAUGAUACAUACACAGAAGAUGCAGACAUGCAUAUGAAUUAAAUGCGUAUUACACAUAUGAAAAUACACACAGGCAGGAAUCGCUCGGUAAUCAACAAAUCAUAAGAACAAUGAGAACCUGACACUUCCUCAUAGAGAAGUUAAGGACAAAUGAGUUAAGAAUGAAUUACAUUUAAGAUUCUCAUGUGUACUUUAAAAAUGUCUUGUGUGUAUUUCUUUUAUAUGACUCAGUACUACUGCAACGUUGAGGAAGAACUUGUAAGCAAUCAUUUCACUGUACUUUUUACACCUGCACAUAACAAAUAAACUGUGAUUGGAUUUGUAUUUGAUUUUGAAUGGCUGUAGGGAUUAAUGAAGGAAAAAAUGUAUUUAUUCUGGGACUGCACUGUGGGCAAAUGUGAUGUCCUGUCCACAGUUGAGGGGAGAAAAUGACAUGCGUUUUUCCUAAGAAAAUGGAGUGACCAUAAAUCCUUUAUGCUGGUUUUAUCCUUUUAACUGUGAAUUCCUAUUUUUUUUAUAACUUGCACGGCAAGGGUAGACAUGUUUACAUUCACUGUAUCUGUGGAAUGCCACUGCAUUUUCUCAAUGAUCAUACUGUUUUUGUCUUACUCCACAUGUUUUUGAAUCUAUGCUUAAUGUCUAUUUCCCCUGGUUUUAUUGUGAGCGUUGUGUGAAUGUGAUUUGUUUGUGUGCAUCGAGUUGACUGUCAAACUUGUCUUGAUAUUGCAGUUGUAUGAGAGGUCUGAUACAAUAAAAAAUAUUUUAAAGGUAA